AUGGCGGGAGAGGACGGAGGCGGGGCCAGGAGGAGGCGGAGAGCCCCUAGUACCGGAGACACGGCCGACACCGUCCGUGAGGGGGCGGAGCUAAGGUGUCACAAGGUGCAGGAGUCCCUCCUGAGCUCAGCCAGUGGAUUCAGCAAUUAUCGGGGAAUCCUGAAUUGGUGUGUUGUCAUGUUGGGUCUGGGAAAUGCUCGGCUCUUCCUGGAGAACAUCAUAAAGUACGGCAUACUGGUGGACCCCAUCCAGGUGGUCUCCCUCUUUCUGAAGGACCCCUAUAGCUGGCCCUCGCUGUGCCUGGUGCUGGCCUCCAAUGUCUUUAUUUUGGGGUCUCUGCACCUGGAGAGGAGACUGGCAUCUGGUCGAUUGUCGGAGGGAAUGGGUCUCUUCCUCUACACCAUCAUCCUCACCUGUAUCCUCUGUGUCCCGGUACUGGUUGUGUUCACCGUUACCUCCAUGACUCCAGGUAAAUAUAAAACCCCUCCCCUGUCACCUGACCUGUUACAGACCACUCCCACUCAGUGUUUUUUCUACUUGCAGUGGGGGCCACCUUUGCGUUGA